GAAAUUGCGAUGAUAUUUGACGUGAGAUUCAGUUACAGUUUAUCAUUGAUUUUAGUGGCCAUCGCUAUCUCAGAGGCCGCUCACAAGCCGUCGCCGCACAGGUUUUCAUGUCCGCCGAAAAAGGUGCCAGGUGGUAUUAAGGAGAUCAUGACUUGUGCCACCAAGUUCAAAUUCAUGUUGGAUCAGAUCUGCAAACCCAAGUACGGAAUCAAAUCGGAUCUAAUAAUGAAUUUAGCAAAACAUGUCUUCUUUCACGCCAUUAAAUGUAUUGAUGAGGACUAUGAGCAUUUCCUAAUCGACGGCGCUCUAGAAUGUUUCAUAGCGGACGGCUCUCCCGGCACUAAAAUGAUGUGUAAUGUGAAGGCAUCGGUUUGCAACCCUAGUAUGCAGGGAGAGAUGGCCGCCUGUGCCAUGAAAGAGGCCAAAAUGCACACCAUCGACAUGGCCAAGUUAAUGUCCAUGGCCGGACACCUUGGAUGGAAGUCAUAGAGAGUGUCGAGCGAAAUGGAAAGAUUUUCCACCACUUCCCGUUAAAUAAUGC